CAGGUUCCUCUCUGCCAACAGUGACAAGAGACAGAGCAGACAGAGGAGCGUGGCUGUCGUCUGAUCGUUUCUAACGAUUCCAACCAUUGGUCCCAUUGGUUGGUCGUUGGUUUACCAUUUAAAAUUUGUCGUGUUUCGCGUAUCAGCCUAUCAGCCAACGGUGCCAACACAAUCGCGAUAGCCAGCGACAGUAAUAUACGUAUUACACGUCAGCGAUUUUUUUCUCAUUUCAUUCGUGAUUCAGCAAUUUAUUUAAUUCCUGUAAACCGUGAAUCGUGUAGUUCGUCGUCGACUAUCCAUUCGGGAUUUGAGGACUUGCUCGAAUAGACAGAGAUACUUUCGCGAUGUCGAUCGUCAAAGCGGUCUGUGUCCUUCAGGGAGAACCUGUCAGAGGAACGUUGUAUUUUGAACAACCGGCAGGCUCGAAUGAAGUAAGAGUGACUGGACAGGUUUCUGGCCUGCAGCCAGGCAAGCAUGGAUUUCACAUUCAUGAAUUUGGUGAUAAUACCAAUGGUUGCACGAGUGCGGGCGCUCAUUUCAAUCCAUUGAAGAAAGAUCAUGGUGGUCCGAGUGAUCAGGUGCGUCACGUUGGUGAUUUAGGAAACGUAGAUGCUGGUAAUGAUGGCAUUGCAAAUGUUAACAUCACCGACAAAAUGAUUCAACUCUGCGGACCGCACAGUGUCAUUGGACGAACUCUUGUGGUCCAUGCUGAUCCUGAUGAUUUGGGAAAGACUACCCACGAGCUGUCGAAAACAACUGGUAAUGCUGGUGCUCGUCUUGCUUGCGGUGUUAUUGGCAUCACACAAUAAACACAUACACAUGAUUGAUACGACAGAUUAAUAAAUAGGGUAUACAUUAGAGAUACAUACUAUUUUCUUACCAUUUGGUUUUCAGUGUAUAGUUAUAUCAUACAAAUGUUUUUUUUUCUGCAAUAUUAUAUAACAAAAGUUAUAAGUUCUUCCUAUAACGUUAAUCAAGUGUCACAACCUGGAUUUAUGUACGUUGAUUAUGGAACACUAAAUAAGAAUGGAAAUAAUAUACAUACAGUUGUAGAAUAUAUUUUUUUUUCAAUAAUGUUUAUAUACAUAUAUGCAACAUACCCUUUAGGCAUAGGUUGUUACAUGUUCUAGAAAUUUAUGUAAUAUAAAAGUCCGUGUUAAACGACUUACUAUUAGCUCUACACCAUAAUAUAAUUAUAGUAUAUUUAAAUGACAAUAUACGGAAAUUCGCUGGUA